AUGUCUAAACCACAGACUCUCAGCCCUCGCUCCCUCCAAACCCGCAUCUCCCACAUCCUCAAGCAUUGGCCCUCAGACGCCGUCCGCCCGGCCUCCGUCUCAGUUCAGACCUACCUCCAAUCCCAGCUAGGCCAGCAACAGAAUGCAAAGAGCUCAUCACAGGCCGCGCCAUCGCCGGCGCCUACAACCCAGUCCACACCAAAGAUCUCCGAGUCCUCUGUGAACGCGCUUUCUGCGCUGCUUGAAAACCGCUUUGCGAACCGCUACCCCCUGACGCAGAAGAUUCGGUACCCAGCGAGUGACCCAGAGCACUAUGACAAUCUCAUCCGGGAAUUUGAGGAGGCGCCCAACCGCGACUGGGUUGGGCGGUUGCGCAAGAGAUUGGGUGGACUGUUGCGGCUCCAGUGA